AUGAGCCACAGCAGCGGAAUGGCUGCCAAGGCCAUGGAUCCAAGAAAGAUUGCCGCUCGAAACAAGAAGAAGGCGACGCGAAGCAGCCUUGCCAUCGGAGGCACAGGCCCGCAGCGCACAAGAAGACGCCAGGGACAGCCUGCAGCCAAGAAACCGUGCGUUCACGUGGACUCGGAACGCCGCGAGCGAACAAAACAAGAGCAGAGCGACGCGUCGGAUCAGUUUGAGCCCGACUUCUCCGCCUCCGUAUCCGGCCGUGGCCUCGCCGUCCCCAACGGUGGCCAGCAAGCGCGGGCAAAGGGCGGCCCAACACUGGCGCAGACGGCACCGCUGCAGCGAGAUGUGCCCGCCUCCAUGCGGGCAACGCUCACCGCAUCUCAGGGGCGAACGGGCGGUGGCAGAGAUGCGCCAAACCCGUGGGGCCACGUCCCCGCCAACAACAGCAACACCAUCCAGGAGGUGUACCACGUCGAUGCCGUCACAGGCAAGAUGACGAGCGGGCCUGUUCGCAGCCGCCCCUCUUCGCGUCGCAUGCGCCCGCCAUCAUCCCCGUCCAGCAGACAAGGGCUGAGCAUCACAUCGCAGUCGCUGAGUCACCCCAUGCGGAUGAAGCCUCCGCACCGCGUGGAUCCCAUCCCACACGCCCCACCCAUGGGCACGGGAGGACCCGGGCAUGACGCAAGAGACGAGGUUGCCAGCAAGCAGCGGAAACAGGAGGAAUUGCGCGCGGCGCUGGCAGAACAGAUGCGCGAGAAAAAACGGCGACUGGAGCUUGAACAGCAGAUGGAGCGCGAGAGAGACCAGGCGCUGCAAGGGAAUCCGUGGUCGUCGCCCGUGCGCGCAUCGCAGCACGUGUCAUCAUCAUCCGUCAUGGCGUCACCGCACCACACAUCACCCCCGCCGUCAACCCCGUUCUCCGCGUCUGUGCGCCACGUGUCGUCGCGGAACGCAGCACGGCACAGCACAAGCGCGUUUCACGCCAAUCUCAGCGUGGCAAACGGCGCCUAUCAUGGAGACGCGGAGGGAGGAGGACUUGACUUGAACGCGUCAUUCAUGGGCCAGUCCAUGACGUCACACUCACCCGCGGUGGACGGUGCCAGCAUUGCGCACCUCAACAAGCAGGGGUUCAUGCAUGUCGAUGAACGGGAGCGAAAGCGCAUGCAACAGCUGGCGCAGCAAGAAUCAAUUCGCCAGCAGAUUGAGGAGAAGAAACGAGAGCGGCAGCGGCGGCUUGAGGCCGAACAGCGCGAGGAAGAACUCGAACAGCAGAGAAUCAUCAAGGAGCAAGAGAAGAUUCGCCAGCAGUAUGAAGAUGAAAAGGCGGCGCGGCGCAGGAAAGAGGAGGAGCAGCAGAAACGCAUCGAGGCCCUGCAGGCGCUGAAGGAAGCGGAUGAGGCGAAGCGAGCAGAGCGGCAGCGCGCAGCACGGUAA